AUGUCAGAUGUGUCACACACAAGUGAAGUCAUCUUUGAACUAGUGGACAAAGCAAUUGAAGACUUGGGUCCAGAAAACGUGGUGCAAGUAGUGACCGACAAUGCCUCCAACAACAUGGGAGCAAAGAAGCUAUUGCUUGAGAAGAGACCACAGAUAUUUUGGACAUCUUGUGCAGCUCACACAAUCAACUUGAUGCUCCAAGGAAUUAGCAACUUGCCUCGGUUCAAGAAAGUGAUUGACCAAGUAAAGGCAUUUACUAUAUUUGUCUAUGGCCACACAAGAACAUUGGACUGCUUGAGAUACUUCACGGAGGGGAAAGAGGUAGUGAGGGCAGGAGUGACUAGGUUUGCUUCAAACUUUCUCACUUUGAACAGCAUGCUAGAGAAGAAGGACCAGCUAAGAAAGAUGGUGGUUCAUACUAGGUGGGACUCAUUGAAGGAUGUGAAAUCAAAGAAAGGAAAAGAUGCCACAGCAACUAUAUUGAGUCCAAUCUUUUGGAAGGAAGUGAAGCUAAUAUUGGCUGUUUUUGAGUCAUUGUUCAAAGUCCUCCGUUUGGCUGAUGGGGAUGUGAAGCCAUCCAUGGGUUUCAUUUAUGGAGAACUACUAAAGGCAAAGAGAGAGAUCAAAGAGGUCUUUGGCAAUAAUGAGACUCGAUUCAAGGAUGUACUAGCUGUUAUUGAGAAGAAGAUGAAGGGAAGACUUGAUUCUCCAUUGCAUUUGACAGCUUAUUUGCUCAAUCCACACUAUAGCUUUACUAACCCAUUAAUUUUUGAUGAGCCCAAAAUGAAUGAAGCAUUUAUAGCUUGUGUUGAGCAAUUUUAUUAUCAUGAUGAGGACAAGCAAGAUCAAGCUGCCAACAUUGAAUUGAAACAGUUUCAAAAUAGAGAAGGAGCAUUUAGCAAGAAGUUAGCAAGGACUUUUCAAAACUUUGAUUACAAUCCAGCCUCAUGGUGGAGGUUGUAUGGAAGCCACACACCAGCUUUACAGAAGAUGGCUACAAGGAUCUUAUCUUUGACAUCAAGUGCUUCUGGUUGUGAAAGAAAUUGGAGUGGGUUUGAAGGGAUACACACUAAGAAGAGGAAUAGACUUACUACAGCCCGCCUCGAAAAGUUGGUCUAUAUUCAAUUCAACAACAGGCUGCUUAGUAAGAGAGAAAAGAUCAAGACAAAGAAGAUCACUGAUGUUCUCUUGUCUAGUGAUACAACUGAAGUUCAAGGUUUUCUCCAAGAGGGUGGAGAUGAUUGCGCAUUAGUUGUCUUUAGAGAUGAGGAAGAUGAGGAUGAAAUGGAAGGUACAGGGAUACGUUGGGCUGUUAUUGGAGAGGCAGUGGGAGCAGAAGAGCAGCUUGAGCGGCGUAGAAGUGGUAGAGUGAGGGAGGCAAGGGAGCUCUAUGAAGGAGAAGAGUUUUCGUCCGAAGAAGAAGAGUAUGAGUCUGAUGAGGAUGAGGAUGAGUGAGGGAGGCAAGGGAGCUCUUAUGAACUGCUGUUGUGUGCUAUGUUGUGUGCUAUGUGACUGUGUGAACCCUUGAGGGGUAUGAACUAUUUGCUUGUGCUUGUGUUUGUGUUGUAUGAACUGCUGCUGUAGUGCUUGUGUCCUUUAUUUAUAAAUUGUGUUGUGCA